UUUUUUGUUUUUUUUUUUUUUUUUAUUUUUUAUUUUUAAACAAUCAUAGUUCUUAAAGAAUGGGUUCUAGGUUGAGCAGACAAAGCAGUCUGCAAGACGAAACGGAAUUUUCCAAGAAAAAACGACAGCAGAGCCCCAGGGAUGCUGGGGCGAGCGGCGGCGGAGAAUUCCUUUUUACAUCCCUGAUCCUGAAGUCCGACAAGCUGCCGGGAAUGCUCAAGAAAAACAACCCAGCUCCCUACACGCGAAGGGUGGGAUGGAUCCGGGAUAUCCAGGCGCUUAUACGGGAAUGUAAAGUGGAGCAGGCAGUCGACGUUAUCAAAUUACUAAGAAAGGAUUUGGGUUUGGAAGGCACUUCCCUAAAUGAUAUUCUCUACAAGAACGCAGCAUUUCUUAAUCUGGUUGAUCCCAUCUCUCACGAGCUGCUGCUUAGCCUGGCUCGUGACUUACAGUGCCCCAAGAAGGAAUUGGACCCCUUGAAGUCUUCGGAUAAGAUAUGCAGGCAGCUGAUCUACCACCUGACCCCACACUCCAAGUGGCUGCGGCAGAGCCUGCCCCGGAGAAAGUCACAGGCGUGCCUCAAAACAAUGUUACAGAAGAAAGUCUCCAGUGGCUCGGUGGACUUAUCUGGGAUUCCGCUGUCAGCACGCGACGUCCAUCGGGUGGCGUACUACCUACAGAACAACCGCGACGGGAUCGCGGCGGUGGACCUGAGCUUCACCGAGCUGCACGACGACCACCUCCUCAUGCUGCUGCCCUACCUGGGCGCGCUGCCCAAACUGACCAACCUGGCGCUCAACGGCAACCGCCUGACCCUGUCCAUCAUCAAGGACCUGACCGAGGCCCUGAAGGAUGGGGGCAAGUUCCCCAGCCUCUCCUGGAUCGACCUGGGCAACAACGUGGACAUCUUCACCAUGCCACAGCCCCUGCUCGUGGCUCUGCGCAGACGCUGCAGCCUCAGGAGCAGCCUGCCGACCAUCUACGAGUACACAGAGGGGCAGGUGUAUGACUACACCCUGGAGACCUCCAUCGAGGAAGCCAACCACUACGGAGACGAGGAGGAGGAGAAGGAGGACCUAGACCGCUGGGCAAUGACAGACAAGAGCGACUCCCAGAGCUUCACCCUGCAGUGCUGUGAGAGGUGAUGAGCCAGCCUCUCUGUUAAGAGCGGUUUGGAAGAAGGUUCACCUCAAUUUAAAUUAUCUGUAUUGGCAUGUCUGAGUUAGUGCCAUACAUUUGAAAGCUUGUCCCAAAAUAGCACCCAUACUUCGCAUCCAGUUUCGAUAUGGCAUAGCCAGUGACUUACCGGGUGGUUGACGGUGCUCCUGGAGGCAAGGUAGGUUCAUUGGAGGAUGAGAGAUUUAAGAAGAGGCUCCCUUUGGAGGCAGGAGAGUGAUUUUUUUUAGAGAGGUCCAUGAGAGAACUGCAUAAUGAUGGCGCUGCUAGAGCAGGAUUUAUUUUACAAUCAAAGACCGAACAAAAAAUUCUACUAGGACUGAGCCUGUCUCUUGCAGGCUUGUUCUGGCUUGACAUUGUCUGCGUUCUGUUAAUCUCCCAACAAAAGAAAUCAAAUUUACUGAACAGACUAUUCAGGCAUCAAACGUCACGUGACUUAGCAAACUGCAAAGCCAAGCCUUUUUUUCAAAACGUUCACUUGUGGACACCAUGCUUAUCAAUUGUGUAAAUGUUCUUUAUGGUAGAACAUUGUGUGACACUAUUUUCACAUGGACUUUGCUGUGAACUCAAGUUAGUAAUUAAGUUUGUGUAAGGAUUUUACUGGACACUGGCAAUCAAGAGUAUAUUUAACUAUAACUUCAUAUUCCCUUUUUAUUUUGUCAGAUGUUAAACGCAGUACACGUGAAGGUAUUCUCUCACUGCAGUCCAGCAGUAUAGUGUGGAUCAGUUCUGGUUUAACAUCAUUACUUAUUGCAAAGACGGAUGGAGUCUUGUUAUUUAAAAACAGAUCUAGUAAAUGGUGCAAUAGACAGAGUACACCCCCAGAAGACUAGAUCUGCAUUACUGUGAACAAGUACUGAAAUCUGAACCAACUGUGCUGUCAUUUUAAAUUGUGGUUUAUUUAUUUAUUUAUUUUUUAAUGCUGUUUUUAGCCCUUAAUAUUGCUUUGUCAGGAGGCCUUUUAGCUCAGACACUGGAAGUGCUAAACAUUACAUUAAGCGAAUCAUUGUAUUUUUACUGGCUCGUAUUCCAAUACCCUGUCACUGAUAACACCCCACAUCUUUAGGUGCUAGGCUGUAUCAAUGGCAUUGUUCCAUGACUAGGAGUAGGAGGAAGAAGAAUCUAACUGCAAGAGCCCAGUUUGGCAGUGAGUGCACAAGCAAGGGCAAAAUCUUCCUAAGAGGAAUCAAACCGUUUUCAUAAGGUAUAAAACUAGCAAGAAACAACUUCAUGGUAGCUUGGAUCAGGUAUGUUACUGCUCUGCUGCUAAACCAUGCCCGCAGUGUUACAGAGCUGGCAAGGAACAGUUAAGGUGAUUGUUGGGGCUUGUAAAUGAAACUCCAGAGUUGAAGGUUUGAAGCUUUUUGAAGUGCUCAGUGCUGUGUGAAUAUGACUUUGUGUUUCAGACUAUAGCACGUUAGGCUAUCUCGUGGCAAGGACAGUGGUCUGUGGGCGUUUGAUCCUGACCGGGCGUAGCAGAUUGCUGCUUCAUUAAUUGGAGAUUAAAUUGAUAUUUGCAGAAGGUUGAACCAUCACUUGUCACUGAUACUUGCCACUGGGGAUCACAACCCAACACUGAAAAAAAAAAGACAGUCCUGUGUGUGUAAUAAAUCUGUAUUUGUGAACAUAAACGAGUAAACCGUUUGAGUGUGGCAAAAGCGAAACCAUCUCCCAUCCGUGUGAGCAGUCAGUGUAUGUUUGUAACAAACUGUAAUGCUGUAUGUACUGCGUGUAACUGUCCUGCACACAUAGCCUUGUGGUUCUAUAGCCACUCAAUGCAGGCAUGUACCAUGUUUAUUUUUCAUGACCGCGUCCCGCGAUGGCGUUUGAAUUCCUGAUUGUCCCGCCGUGCUGCAGGAGUGAAAUGAGGAUAAAUUGUGUUGACAAGGGCUGUCCCAGGGCUGUAAUACCCUAUUGCCCUCCUGCACACACACUGCACUGUAUAAACCAGACUGCACUAAAGGAAUUCUGCCCAAAAAUGAUUGCUAAGCAUGUAGCCUCUAAGCACACUGAUACAGUGAUCCCUCUGGUGCAACUCAAACAAUUAAAAAAUAAUGAAAUACUUUAUUACCCUGUCAAGGUUUGCCAAAUAGAAUAACUUAAGCUUUUUAGAUCAAAGACAUUUUGAAACUAGGAUUCAGUUUGAAUCAGCUACAGACCAAACUGUAGCAGUGUUAAGCAUUAGCUGGGCUAGGAAACGCAAACCACUCACACACCACCACCCAGCAAAACAGGAGACAGAGAAUUCUAAUAAUAUACCGUUUAUUGUCAAUCGAAAGGGUUUUUUAACAGCACUUUCGCAAUACUGUAUUCUGUAGUGGUGCUGUAAUUUUGGGCUGGAUUUCAAGUAAUGAAUAUGGAUCCAGCAACCAGACUGAACCAACCUAUUAGCACAGCAGAUAUUAGUAACGUUUCAUGUGGAAAGAAUUACACUCCAGUUAAUAUUUCAAAUACCGAAGGCAUUUAAAUAACAGUUUUACCCUAGUUAGCAUGUGUUAAGAUAGACCCCAGUGUUUAUUCAUAUUACUGCAAUUGUAUCAAUUUUACACUGCAGUUUUAAAAUGCACUAUCAUGUGGACUAUAUAAAAAAGGGUAUUUCAUUACCGGCUGGUGCUUUGUGCCAACCUUGCAUCUUGUUAUUGAUGACCUUGCUAGGAGUCGGGUGUUCACCUGUUCUGGUGCACUGUGCACAUAUGUAUUUGCACAUCAGUAAUUCAAUGUAAUGUAAUAAUGUACAAUGUCAGACCUGCUUUGCAAAGAUAUACCACCCCACAUUGGAGCUGCUUUAUUAAUUACACAAUUCAAUUAAUAUAUAUAUAUGAAUAAGAAGAACAUUUUUAAUGAAUUCACAUAGUGGCAAAUUGCUAAUGCAUGAACUUCUGCCUAAUGAUCAAUUAAAUUGGUUUUGCUCAAUAUUGUGUAAGCCUAUGAACAAGUCUGUACUAUAAACCUGUACUCCAUAUCUCACACUACCUACAAUAUAAUAAUCAGCAAAUAAUAGUCUCUGCUUUCUGUAGCCCUGAAUCAUAAGAACAUAAGAACAUAAGAACAUAAGAAAGUUUACAAACGAGAGGAGGCCAUUCGGCCCAUCUUGCUCG